CCAAAAACAAAUCCAUUUCCACUCCAUCUUUAAAGUACACUACACUAUAGUUUGUUACAUUGGCAUUUUACAAAAUAUACUUUAAAGAUGUCUAUGGGAAGAGGCAGUGCAGUUGCAGUGGUCUUGGUGCUUUUCUUGGUUGCUCUUCAAUAUGAAGCAGCUCAAGCUGCUUUCUACACCGUCGGAGGCGCUGGCGGGUGGUCGUUCAGCUCCGGUUCAUGGCCUAAAGGCAAGCGCUUUAGGGCUGGUGACGUGCUUGUGUUCAAAUACAACCCAUCAAUUCACAAUGUGGUAGCGGUGAACAGAGGAGCUUACGGCAGUUGCAGCACGCCGCGGGGGGCGAAAGUGUACACUAGUGGAAAUGACAGGAUCAAGCUUGUUAGAGGACAGAACUUCUUCAUCUGCAACUUCCCCUCACAUUGUCAAGCUGGAAUGAAGAUUGCUGUAUCUGCAGUGUGAUUUAUGUUAAUCUUCAGACAUAUAUGUACCUUGUAAGAAUAAAUAAUAUUUAGUACAAGGGCCUUGUAACCAGGGGCAGAUCUAGGAAGAGGCAUGAGGGACACGUGCCUUGCCUUUCAUGUAACGGCUAUAUUUCAUGUUUGUGGGUUUUAUUUGAGUGCUCUUGUGUAAUAAUAAGAUGGUGUUCAUUAUGAGGUAACCAAGGGUUUAUGUUUCA